GCGAAGCCUCGCGUUCUUUCCCUGACCCAACGCUGCCGAGCGAGGGGGGAAAGCUUCGCCUCACCGAGGGAGGGAGAAGAGGAGGAGGAGCAGGCGGCGGCUGCAGGAUCCCUCUUCCCCACCCCCACCCUCUCCUUACAGACUGGGCAGGUAGGAAGCAGCCCGAUCUGCGUCGCCAGCAGAGAGGGGUCUCCUUGAAGUCCCGCUUCAGCACCUACUGA